AAAAUAAUGUGUUAAAAUAUUUCCAUCAGCCUCAGCUGCACUUUAGUGCUAAUAAGCAAGUGUUAGCAUGUUAAUACGGAGUUGAUAACAAUAGUGACACAAUACCUGCUAAACAUCAGCAGGUGACUUAAAGCAGCGCUGUGUGUUACGUACAGCCUCACAGAGCUGACAGAAUGGCCAUAUGCUCUUUGACUUGUAUUCUCUCUUAAAGUCAUCCAAUCAUUCCCCCUGAAAAGCUGAUUUAAUUUCAGUUCACACAGUAUAGUUGUAACAUGUCUGUUUGUUUUUCUGCAGUUAGAUACGUUUUACAAAAUAUGUCUUUCUAUAUUGCAAGCUUAAAAAUGAUAUUUUUUUACUUCUGCACUAUUUUUCAUCUUAUAUCUUAGCUUCUCAUUUUUACUUGUGUCAUUUUCUUGCGGACUCAUGUCAGCUCAAGUCGUAAAUGUGCUGGACGGACCUUUUUCACUGGUAUUUGUUUUAAUAAUGGUUAGUAGUAAAACGGCUCAAACAAAUCUUUGUUUUAUGUCUCCUCUCUUCACGAUAAUCUACAGAACAAUUACAACAGGCUGGCUUCACUACACUGGAUUCCUGUCAAAUUUAGGACUGAGUUCAACACUCUUUUAAUGCUCUAAAAAAUACACCAGGAGUGUUGGUGGUAGAGAUCAAACACAAUAUAACAGAGAACAAUAGCAGCACAUGUCACUCAAUGCUUUCCCUUACCUGGUUUUAUUUUGUGCUUUUUUAUUUGUUAUUUAUUUUGAUUAUUUUGUGUUUAUUGUACUGUUACUCCAAAUGGGUUUAUUUUCAGAUUCACCAUACUUAUCUAGAGACAGACAAUAUUGUAUCAGACAUCUGCUCCUCUCAGCUCCCAGCCUCCCUCAGUUCUCCUGUUUGUGUGUUUGUGCACUUGGCCUGAUUAUUCCUAAAGACUUCAAGCUGUUCCGGACUUCUCAGUCUGUGUUUUGAGGCUGGAUGUCUGCCACCCCUCAUGGGAUUGUCUUGUUAUUCUCAUUUUGGAAAUUAUAGCCAGCUGAAUAGGAGCCGCUGGAAUCAGGUUUUGUAAACUGAGUGCAGACUGUCCCAGAUCCAAAUGAAUAAAUACUGAGUGCGUCUGUUCUAACCACCAGUGUCCCUACCACAGUCCUGUAACACCAUGCUCCUCUUCAGCACCGCCGUCUUGCUGGCAGCAACCUGUCGGCUCAUAAGUGCAGGCUUCCCCACAGAGACAGUUACCACCUGUGAAGGCAACCAUGUCCAUCGGCUGAGCUGUGAAACUGGAGUGAUCAGUGUUCAGGCAGCUCUGUAUGGACGUGCAGACAGAGAGACCUGCAGUGAGGGUAGAUCUCAAGGAAAGCUUGCCGAUACAGAGUGUUCUCUAGAGGGCGCAGUGGACAUCCUCAGGAGAAGGUGUAAUGGGAAAAGGGCGUGUGAACUUAGUUCAGGUGUCUUUCCAACUGAUCCCUGCAGGGGCAUCUAUAAGUAUCUGCACACCAAGUACACCUGCAUCCCAGCAAUUUACCAGGUGACAUGCGAGCACUCUUUGGCAUACCUGCACUGUGAUGAAGGGCAGGUUAUGGCUAUCCACGGUGCUGAUUAUGGACGCCACGACCAGACCACAUGCUCCUACAAACGGCCUGCUGUUCAGAUCCAGAACGCUGACUGCUCAAGCCACAGCAGCGUUGUUUCUGACAAGUGUAAUGGGAAAAACAGCUGUAUUAUCAAAGCAAGCAACACAGUGUUUGGAGACCCCUGUGUUGGCACCUACAAGUACCUGGAGGUGGCUUACACAUGUGAAUCAUAUGAAAGUUCAGAGACAACACAGAAUAAAUACAGGUGUGCUGUGUCUGUUCCAUCAACCAUUAGUCCCACUGCUCACCUGAGACUGGAUCUUGUUAAAACCAUGCUUCACUUCAGACUCAGCACCACACUCUUGCUGGCAGCAACAUGUUCACUUAUGACAGCAGUUGUUUCCACAGAGAGAACUAUCACCUGUGAUGACAGUCACAACAUACAGCACUUGAGCUGUGAUGUUGGAGUGAUCAGUGUGCAGGCAGCUCUUUAUGGACAUGCAGACAGAGAGACCUGCAGUGAGGGCAGACCUCAAGAACAGCUUGCCAAUACAGAGUGUUCUCUAGAGGGCACAGUGGACAUCCUCAGGAGAAGGUGUGAUGGCAAGAGGGUGUGUGAACUAAACACAAAUGUUGUCCGUACCUCUGAUCCCUGCUCUGGCAUCUACAAAUACCUGGAAACCAACUACACCUGCUUCCCAGCAAUUCACCUUGUUACAUGUGAGCACUCUUGGGCACAUUUGUAUUGCGAUGAGGGCCAGGUUAUAUUUGUCUACGGUGCAGACUAUGGACGUCGUGACCAGACCACAUGCUCUUACAAACGGCCUGCUUCUCAGAUUGAGAAUGUCCACUGCUCAGACCCCACUAACAAAGUUGCUGAGAGGUGUAAUGGGAAAAACAGCUGUAUUAUCAAAGCAAGCAACACAGUGUUUGGAGACCCCUGUGUUGGCACCUACAAGUACCUGGAGGUGGCUUACACAUGUGACUAUCCUGUGAUCACUCAAGGGGAGUCAACGGAGUACUAAUAAGAUCACAAUACAGAUGUAUUAAAUAAAAGAUAUCAAAUCAGCA